GGCGUAUGAAAAGAUGUUUAUCUUGCGCUAGUCACUUUAGUACUGUAACAUUCUCCAGCUAAUUGCCUCGGUUGUUGUAUUCGCUUGUUUUGUUGCCUCGUAUUAUAGUUCUACACUCUUGGCAUUGUUAUGUGGCGAGUGAUGAAAUGCUUUCGAGGUUUACGUAUAAGUAUCGAUCAGUUUCCAUGCUUCUGCCCACGCUACAAGUAAAUCAUCGAUUGCUCUAAAUUCAUUCACUUUGCAAAGUAACCACAUUCGCUAUCAAAAUGGUCGCCCGCUCAAUCACCCUCGUGGCAGCUCUUGCUGCAGCUGCUUCAGCCCAGUACGGCUCUAACACCACAGGUGCUGGGACCACUGUGUACACCACUGUCUGCCCAGCAACCACUUACAUGACCUCUGGCGCCUCGACACAUACUUCUGUUUACAUGACCACUUCAACAAUCACGUCGACCUAUGCUCCACACCCAACAGCCCCAGUUGAUACCUGCCAGGACAAGUUCAACAAGUGCCGCAACGGAGAAGAUGGAGGCGAUCGCAACCAGUCCAGAUGCGCAGCCGAAUUUGCUGCUUGCCAAGCAAGCACAUCUACCAAGACCUAUCCCUCCACCCCAAGUACCACUCCAGUCGAUACUUGCCAGGACAAGUUCAACAAGUGCCGUAAUGGAGAGGACGGCGGUGACCGCAACCAGUCUAGAUGCGCAGCUGAAUUCGCUGCCUGCCAAGCAAGCACAUCCACCAAGACCUAUCCUUCUACUCCAAGCACCACCCCAAUCGAUACUUGCCAGGACAAGUUCAACAAGUGCCGUAACGGAGAGGACGGUGGCGACCGCAACCAAUCCAGAUGUGCAGCCGAGUUUGCUGCAUGCAAAGGGCCUACCGCCACCACGCCAGCUGCUCCAACUUACAGCACCGCUCCAGUCGACACCUGCCAAGAUAAAUUCAACAAGUGCAGAAACGGAGAGGAUGGUGGAGACCGCAACCAAUCGAGAUGCGCAGCCGAAUUCGCCGCAUGCAAAGGACCUACGGCCUCUACCACGCCAGCUGCUCCCACCUAUGUCCCUGCUCCAGUGGAUACCUGCCAGGACAAGUUCAACAAGUGCCGCAACGGCGAGGAUGGAGGAGAUCGCAACCAGUCCCGCUGCGCCGCUGAGUUCGCCGCAUGCCAGGGCCCCCAGGCUUCUCAAACUACAGCUGCUCCAGCGCCUAGCACCACUCCAGUCGACGCUUGCCAGGACAAGUACAACAAGUGCCGCAACGGUGAGGAUGGAGGAGACCGUAACCAGUCCAAGUGUGCGGCGGAUUUCGCUGCAUGCCAGGCUGGAUCCGGAACCACUUUGGCCACUUCCAGCGCUGCUUCCACCCCUACCACUGUGGAGGCACCAUCUGCUACCACAUCCAGCGUACAGUUCACUGGUGCCGCUUCUUCGCUGAAGGCUGGCGCCGCUGGACUCUCUGGAGUUCUUGCUCUUGCUUUCCUUUUGUAG